CAGACUAAGUCAUAGAGUGAAUUUUGCUCGGGGUUCACGCUCCAGUUCGAUCUGCGCAUGCUAUUUGUUUCUUCCACUUUCCAGGUCACUGUGUGAUCUUGCACAGGUCAAGAGUUUCCACCUGUCACCACACGGAACUGAAGGUAAUCUCUCGCCCUAAUUCAAUCUUAAACACAGAUGGAGCCAGUCAGCGUGGGCCGUGCCGGCUGCCAGGAGGUGUGUUCACCGUGCACAGCGGGUGUUCUGUGGUCGUUCAGUCCCGUGAUGUGUGAAGAAGUUCACAAGAGGAUUUGCGUUUCUGAAAUCGCGUAACAAGCUGCUGAAACAAUGUGAUGGGGAAGAACUGCUGGUUGCUUUCCUGCGCGCAAAAAUGCUCAGUGCGUUUUUGUGUUUUUAUGUGGAAAGACGCUUUAAAAGGUGAGUUUACCAGUAUGUAGCCCGCCUUUAUCUCUCAAGAAGCUCAAAGCCAUGUGUAAAGGAGGAAUGGGUCGUCAAAAUGCCUCAGCUUUGCUCCCUCGGACCCUCAUCCUGUUCUUUUGGCUUCGUGCGCACGCACUGGGACAGGUGUCCAACCUGACCCUGGCUGUUAAAGAGGGCUUGCCCGCUAAAACCAUCGUUGGAGAUCUGGGUGCAGGCUUAAACAGGACCAGUACUGGAUUUUUCAUCUCAGAGAGCAGAGACUCCUAUGUGUUUAGAGACUUGGAAAUCGACGCAGACACGGGGAUCAUCUCCACGGCUGUGGUUCUGGACAGAGAGAGCAGAGAUAAGUACGAAUUUGUUGCAGCCACUCUCACAGGUGAGAUAAUAAAAGUGAAAAUAGAGGUGAAAGAUGUCAACGACCAUACACCAGUGUUUCCGUCAGGGGAGGUUGACUUGGAAAUAUCAGAACUGAGUCCCCCAGGGAGUCGGUUUCAACUAGAAGGUGCUAAAGACCAAGAUGAGGGUGAGUUUGGUACCCAAGGAUACAGGAUUACAGAGAGUGACAUGGGUGAGUUAUUCCACCUGGAUUAUCGCAGUGGAGCAGGCAACUACGUGAGCCUGGAUCUCAUCCUUGGUAGUAAACUGGACCGAGAAACACAGGAUUUCUACUCCCUGACCAUUGAAGCCUUUGAUGGUGGGAUCCCAGCCAGGACGGGGACUCUUCAGGUGAACAUCCAUGUCCUGGAUGAGAACGACAACCCACCUGUGUUCAACCAGACCGAAUAUCACACCUCGGUGCCAGAACACACUCCGGUCAUGUCUGCUGUGUGUCAGGUACACGCCACUGACCUCGACCUGGGCAGCAAUGGACAAAUCACUUACGAGAUCAACAGGCGGCAAAGUGAUCCAAAUGAGAUUUUCUCCAUCAACAAAACCUCCGGGGUGGUUUACCUCAACAAGCCGCUUGAUUUUGAGACUCAGGCUUUUCAUGAGUUGAUCAUCCGUGCCACGGACAAUGGGGCUCAACCUGAGUACAGCAGCACUUUUGUGGGUGUAAAAGUACUUGAUACCAACGAUAACAGUCCCACCAUCAAUGUGCUGUUUCUCAGUGAGGCAGGAGAUGCAGUGGUGUCAGAGGCAGCAGCAAUUGGGGACUAUGUUGCCCGGAUCUCUGUGUCAGACCCUGACCUUGAGGAGGAGAGAGUUGCUGUCAUACUUGAGGGAGGUGAUGGGAUGUUUAACUUAAAGCAAACAGAUGAUUUCCUGUACGCCUUAUGUGUUAAUGCAGAGCUAGACAGGGAAGAAAAGGAUCUAUAUGAGUUGAAGGUGCAAGCUUCAGAUUUUGGGAGCCCCCCUCUGAGUAGUGAGGUGGUCUUCCUCCUGAAGGUGGCUGACACAAAUGACUGCCACCCAGUAUUUGAGAAAGACGUAUACAUUAUAAGCAUCUCAGAGGAUGCGCCUCAGGGCAGUUCCGUCAUCCAGAUGCAGGCCCGAGAUGCAGAUGAAGGCGUCAACUCAGACAUCAGAUUCUCCAUCCUCAAAUCCAACCAGAACACCCUGAUCAGCAUCAACCCAGAGUCGGGCCUGGUCACCACAGCUGCAGCUCUGGACAGAGAGACGCAAAUGGAGGUGUGGUUCCUGGUGGUGGCGGCGGAUGGAGGAGAACCAGCUCUGUCGUCCACAGCAACAGUCACGGUGCUGGUGGAGGAUAUCAAUGACAACGAGCCGGUGUUUCAGCAGCAGCUGUACAACGUGUCCAUCCCAGAGCACAGCCACAUCGGAAGCUGCUUUUUACAAGUUGUUGCCACAGACGCAGAUGGCCCUGACUUUAGCACGCUGCUCUACUCUCUGUCUGAUGGCUUUGACACGCAGGACAAACACCCCCUCUUCUACAUCCACCCACAGACCGGAGUGCUGUGUGUCUCUCAGGAUAUUGAUGGAGAUACAGGACAGACAGUCCACGAUGUUCUGGUCAAAGCUGAAGAUCCAGGAGGCCUGAGUGCUCAAACCUACGUGCACAUUGAGAUUGCAGACAUCAAUGAUAACGCUCCAGUGUUUAACCCUGAGGAGUACAUGGUCAGCAUCAGCAGCCACGCACAGCCCGGCACAGAAAUUCUCACUGUUGUCGCUACUGACCAAGAUUCUGGCAGGUUUGGACAGGUCACCUACGAAAUCCUGCCUGGUGACGUGUCCAGUUUGUUUGCACUGGAUAAACAAACAGGAAUGCUCUUCCUAACCUCCACUCUCACCCGCUUGGGUGCAGCCAGCGUGAAGCUCUUGAUAAGGGCACAGGAUGGUGAGGGCUUGACCUCCGCCAGACCUGCUGUGGUCACAGUGAAUGUUUUACGCAGCGCUCAGGCUCCGGCUGUGUUCCAGAGAUCACGUUACACCUUCACGGUGCCUGAGGAUGCACCUCCGGGGACCUCUGUGGGGACAGUGGAGGCAGUAACCCCAGCAGACUCUGUGGAGUCCCUGUCCUACCGAAUCUGUUCUGGAGACCCCCAGGGUUUGUUUUCGGUUCAUUCAAAGUCCGGCCUCAUCAGCAACAUCAAACCUCUGGACCACGAAUCGCAGCCAUAUGCCCUGUUGGUUCUUCAGUCCUACACUGACACCUCUACAGUUUACAGCACCGCCCAGGUCAACAUCACUAUAGCUGACGUUAAUGACAACGCUCCAGUCUUCCCCAAACUCAGUGACAUCAUCACAGUGUCCCAAAACACACUACCAGGAACAGUGCUGUUCAUCGCUCAUGCACAUGACUAUGACAGCGGUGCCAAUGGCAGGGUGCAGUAUUACCUGAAAAGUGGAAAUGGCACUUUUGUUGUUGACCCCAACCUUGGGACAGUUACGUUAAAUCAGAGUUUACAGGUGGAUCAUCAGCAGAGAUACAGCCUGGAAAUCAUGGCUAAAGAUGAUGGAGAACUUUCCCUGAACUCCACACUUAUUCUCACAGUCGACAUAGACCGCACCACCGCUGAAGACAGCCUGGCCUUCGAGACUUUAAUCUACCAGGUGGAAAUAGGCGAGGGAUACCGGAAGGACUCUCGGGUCAUCCAGGUGAGGGCGCACUGGAGCCGAGGAGCUCACAUGCCGGACUCAAGCCUCACUUACUCCCUGGAGACAGAGGCUGGGUUCCCUCCUGCUCCGUUUCGGGUUCACCCAAAGACGGGAUGGUUAUAUCUGUCCCACAACCUUGACUACGAGUCAGAAUCAACAUAUCAUUUUCGAGUGUUGGUCACAGCCAGCAAAGCAUCACUGGCUAACACCACAGCUACAGCCACAGUGAUAGUCCUGGUGCUAGACAUCAAUGACAAUGCCCCGGAGUUCAGCAGUGAGGUUUACUACUUCACCGUGUCGGAGGGGUCUUCACCACAAGGCCUGGUGGGAACAGUGAAGGCCAUCGAUGAGGAUUCUGGGAAAAACGCCCAGCUGUCCUACAUCCUGCUCUCAGAUGGGAAGUUCUUUCGCAUCAAUACUAAAACAGGUGAAAUCAUCAACUGGGUGGCACUGGACCGGGAGCGGCACAGCCAGCACAGUCUGAAGGUGAUGGUUACAGAUCAGGGUCAGCCUCGUCUCAAUGCCACUGCCACCGUUCACAUCCUGGUCACUGACGUUAAUGACAAUGCACCACAGUUUACACACCUGCCUGCCGGCAAAGAGCUCAGUGUGCAGAUAUGGUCUGGUUUACCAGCAGGCACCUUGGCAAUAAACAUGUUUGCCAAAGAUUUAGAUGCAGGUGAAAAUGGAACAGUUACCUUCUCACUGGUCACAGAAGAUGGUGAUCUUGGACAUUUUGAAAUCGACAGUAAAAGCGGAGACGUCCAAACAACAGAGCUUUUCACCCACAGCGUUAAACCGUACUAUGUUCUUAGAGUAACUGCCAAGGACAGCGGAGCCACACCUCAGGAGGACACUGCAGUCGUUCAUGUACAGGUUCAUGGAGUAGAGGCUCUCUAUGGUCGUGGUGAUCUGCAAACUGUGAGGCGCUUUACAGUUCGAGAAGACACAGCACCGGCUACUGUUAUUGGCUCUGCCAGUGUUGCAGAUAAAGGGAUAUUCCACUACUCUAUCUCUGAGGGCGACGGGAGUGUUCACUUUGGCAUUGACAGCUCUUCUGGGGAUAUAUACAUCAACCAGCCGCUGGACUACGAGGCUGCCACGCAGUACUUCCUCAUGGUUCGAGCUGAAGAUGUCGGCCUUGCUCCUAGAGUGAACGUAUCUGUACUGGUCAGUGUGAUGGUGGAGGAUGUAAACGACCACACACCCUGGUUCCCUGAUAAACUGGUGACAUUUGGUCUGAGAGAGGACACUGCACUCGGAUCAAUGGUGUUUGCUUUUCAUGCCAGAGAUGCUGAUGGGACUUUUCCUAACAGUGCCCUACGCUACACUCUGACCUUUGACCCUGAACUCAGUGGGUCUUUGUCACGAUUCCCCUUUGAAAUCAACCCUCACACAGGGAGCCUGACUGUAGCAGUACCUUUAGACCAUGAGUCCACCUCCAGCUUUGCCUUCACUGUAACAGCCACAGAUGAGGCAAAGACGAAGGAUGAGCGUAAACAGACAUCAGUGACUGUUCAGGUCUUCCUGCUGGAUGUCAACGAUAACCGCCCGGUGUUGAUAUCAGCGGACACCGUUCAGGUGAUGGAGGAUGCAGAAGUGGGGAGUCUGCUGCAUCAUUUUGUGGCCAUAGAUGGAGAUCAAGGUGAAAAUGGAGUUGUCUCCUAUGUCAUAAUAGCUGGAAACAAGAAGAGACUUUUCACAUUGGAGGAGAAAACAGGCCUCUUGUUUCUCUCAGCCCCUCUGGACUAUGAGACUAAACGUUACCACCACCUGACCGUUCAUGUCGUGGACCAUGGCCAUCCUUCUCUCUCCUCGACCCAGACUCUGACAGUAGAGGUGGGGGAUGUGAACGACCAGCCACCUGUCUUCACUCAGAACAUAUACAACGCCAGUGUUCCGGAGAACAGAGACCCUGGAGAACCAGUGGUCAGGGUCUGUGCCACAGAUAAGGAUUCGGAGGAGAAUGCAGUGGUGAGGUACAGUCUGCUGCCUGGACCCGGCUACGAGCUCUUCAGCAUCAACCCUUACACUGGUCUAAUCACUACCACCUCCUACCUGGACAGAGAGCAGCAGCAACAUUACACCCUCAGAGUCCAGGCUCGUGACAGCGGCGCUCGAUGUCUUUCCAGCACAGCCACAGUGCUGUGCUCUGUGCUGGAUGACAAUGACAAUCCUCCAGAGUUCAUGCAGUCAUCCUUCCAGAUCAGCCUACCAGAAAACCUGCCUCCUGGGGUCAUCCACAAUGCUCAGGCCACUGAUCCAGAUCAUGGAGAAAAUGGAACUGUACACUACUCCAUAGUGGGUGAUGACUACAGAGAUCGCUUCACCAUCAACAGCCACACGGGUGCUGUAAGCACCACGCAGGUCCUUGACCGCGAGGAAAGACAGAACUAUACAAUCAUCAUACAGGCCCGUGACUGUGGCCCCGCUCCACUCAGCUCCUCCACCCAGCUCCAGCUGGUACUGCUAGACCAGAAUGACAACAUCCCCUCCUUCAUCCAUAAAAUCUACCACACCUCCAUCAGCGAGGGUCUAUCUGCUGGAGCUGAGGUUCUGCGUGUUAACGCCUUUGAUCCUGAUGAGGGAUCCAAUGGGGACAUAACCUAUUCCCUGACAGAGGACAGCAGUCAGGGGGUCUUCUCAGUGGACGCUUUCACAGGAGUGAUACACACCACCAGGAUGCUGGACAGAGAGCGCAGGGCUCAGUACACCCUCAAAGCUGUGGCGACUGACGGCUGCUCUCAAGGACCACUGAGCUCUGUGGCGUCUGUGACCAUACAGGUGGAUGAUGUCAAUGACAAUGUGCCAGUCUGUGACCAGAAUCCCAUAAAUGCAUGGGUUUCCAUGAGGACGCUACCAAACCAGAUAGUCACCACAGUGAUGGCAACAGAUGGCGACCAGGGUGAAAAUGGGACUAUACAGUUUAUGUUGUCUGAUGAGGAAAAAUUGUUUGACAUCAACAGCAAGUCGGGAGAGAUUUCACUGAGGAGACGAGUGAGGGCAGGUUUCUCCGGGAGGACGCUGCACAUUGUGGUUUCAGACCAAGGACGUCCUGCUUUGACUUCCACCUGCCUGUUUUUUGUCCAUCUGAAGGGGGAACAUGAAGGAUUACAGUUCACAAACAAAGUGUACAAUGCUACUGUCAAGGAGAACAGUGGAGCUGGCACGUGGAUUGUAAAAGUGGAGGCCAGUGACCAAACCAAGAGUGGACAAAGAGUCACUUACACUAUAUUUAGUGGCAAUGAGAAUCACAUUUUCUCCAUUAACCGUUACACAGGUGAGAUACGGGUGCAGAAAGAUAACUCUCUGGACUUUGAGGUGAGCCCUCAGAUCCAGCUGGUGGUGUUAGCUGAUACCGGGCUGCAGACAGCUCACUGCAGGGUGUCCGUCGCCCUCCUGGACGUCAAUGACAACGCACCGCUGUUUGAGUACAGCAGCUACAGAACAGCUGUCUGGGAGGGGCAAGUGCGCAACACCUACAUCAUGCAGGUGUUUGCAUCUGAUGCUGACAGCGGGAUGAACAGGCAGAUUGAAUACACCAUUGUGUCUGGUAACCAAAAUGAAGCAUUCAUUUUGGACUCUGUGCGUGGGAUCCUUGCUACCAAUGUUUUACUGGACCGCGAGAUCACUCCCUCAUACAAGCUGGUUCUUCAGGCAGUAGACAGGGGGAACCCUCCACUCAGCAGCACUGCCACUAUCAGGGUCCAAGUGGUGGAUGUAAAUGAUAACAGCCCUGCCAUCCCCUCCAUGGAGCCCAUAAUUGUAGCAGAAAAUCUGCCAGCAGGAUACAUGGUCACUCAGCUGACUGCAAACGAUGUGGACCUGAGUUCGACCAUCACCUACAGCUUUUCAGAAAGCGGCAGCACCAAUGUUCCCUUUGCUAUCGACCAGUAUACUGGCGUGGUAACUCUAACACGAGCCCUAGACUAUGAGGAGCAGAUGGAGUACACUCUGACGGUCUGGGCGUCUGACUCCCUCCACCAAACCACCGGAGAGGUCAAAGUUCAAGUGCUUGAUGUCAAUGACAAUGCUCCGGUCUUCAGUCAGCUCUCCUAUCAGGUGGAGUUGUCAGAACUGGUCUCAGCUGAUACGCUAGUCGUGUCAGUGUCAGCCACUGACAGAGACUCUGGAAUCAAUGGCAAGAUCAGCUACAGACUGCUUUCAUCUCCUUUACAAGGGUUUUACAUCCAGCCAGGCAAUGGGUCUGUUUUCACAAAUAAGCCUCUAAAGGCCAUCACAAACAGCAACCUUAUCCAUCUUCUGGUCGAGGCCAGAGAUGGUGGCGAUCCUGUGCAGUCUGCUGUCACCUCCAUAGACGUGGUGAUUCUGGACAGCAAUGACCAUGCGCCUUUGUUCCACCAGGACAUCUACACCCUCACCGUCUCAGAGGAUACCCCCACAGACACCACCUUACUGACCCUCUCUGCAGAAGACCAAGACUGGAGCCCUGAAAAUACCCAUUUGGACUACAGCAUAAUCAGGGGAAAUGAGGAGAAGCGAUUCUGUCUAGAAGUAAAAAUGGUUCAAGUCAAGAACCAGAUGAAAUAUGUAGGAAAACUUGUUCUGUGUAACCCCUUAGACAGAGAAACCACUGAGAGCUAUGCGCUAACAGUGAGUGUGUCUGAUCGUGGAAUACCUCCAUUGAACAGCACUGCUGCCAUUAUGAUGACUGUGACAGACUGCAAUGACAAUGCCCCUGUCUUUUCUAGCACAGAAUACCAUGCACAUGUGAGCGAAAACAGCAAAGUAGGUACCAGGCUGGUCCAGGUCAGUGCUCAGGAUCCUGACCUUGGAACUAAUGGCCUGUUGCAGUAUGACAUUAUCUCUGGGAACAGCAAAGGUCACCUCAAGCUUGAACCUCAGUCUGGCCUUUUGGUCGUCAACAACUCUCUUGAUUAUGAAGAAGAUUCAAAAUACACACUCACUAUCCGAGCAUCUGAUGGUGGUAGAUCAUCAGAAGAACGUAAAGUGGCUUUUACAGUUGUCUUCAUCACAGUGUUGGAUGAAAAUGACAACACUCCAUACUUCAUGUUCCCUACUAUUAACUGUUCUGUGUUGGAGAACCUCCCAGCGUUUACCCACACCUGUUCAGUCCAUGCUGUUGACAAUGAUUUAGGCCUUUAUGGGCAGCUCACUUAUUCGAUUCUGUCCUCCUGCUUCAUGGAAUAUGGGAGUGGCAGCCCUGAGAGGAAGGAAGCUUUUGCCAUUGACCCCCUAACAGGUGACAUUCACACCAGACAGACCUUUGAUUAUGAACGUGAGGAUGAAUACUGCUUCAUAGUUGAGGCCAGAGACAAAGGUGACAAGGCAACCACAGUGAGAGUGCAGGUGGCCAUCAAGGGAGUGGAUGAGUUCAGUCCUGUCUUCACCCAAAAGCAGUACCACUUUCUCCUGCCAGAAAACAUCCAGCCUGGACAGACAGUCGGUUACGUGAUGGCAAUGGACCAUGAUGGCGGGGUAGACGGGCUGGUGGAGUACUCCCUUGUGAACUCCUCACCAUUUUUCUCAAUAAACCAAACAGUUGGUGCUAUCUUUGUGUCAAGGCCUGUAUUUCGCAGAAGAGGCCAUGCCAUUGAGGACAUGGUGGAGCUGGUGGUGUCUGCAGGUAGUCCCAGGUUGGGCUCCAGGACCACCACUUGCCUGGUUUUUGUCAAUAUCUCCAGCUCAGCAGAGGCAUUUACUGGGGUGCCUCUUGAUGGGCACAUGCUUAGUUUGAGUGUCUCACUAAUCAUGCUCCUCUUCAUCCUUGUCAUUUUUGUGGGCUUGGUGCUCACAUACAAGAUCAAACAGGCUGCCAUCAAAAAGGCUGCUGCCAUUGCCGCAAAUUUGAACCAUGGCACAGGCUCAUUCAGUAGCUCAAGCAGUGAAACUCAAAGUGCUAUCUCUCUGCAGGAGGUGGAACGACCGAGCAUCUUGGUGACCACAAGGGACAUAUCAAACCCAUGCAAUCAGUCGCACUCGAGCGGCCGUGGAUCAGCAGAAGGUGAGACUGCUGAGGACCAAGAAAUCAAGUGGAUUAACCAGUACCCCUGCCAUAAAAGAGACAAAUCCCUAAAUAGCAACCAUGCCACUGAGAUCCCAGAAUCUGCCUUACCUGGAGAUAAUAUCUCCUGCCACUCCCUUAAUGUAGGGCCGGAGCAUGAUUUAUCGGUCAAUAAAUGUUUAAUCUCAGGGAUACCCAGCACAGAAAGCCUCCACCAUUUCAAAGAAGAGGGAGGAGGCGAGGGACUGCUUCCUGCAGUGUUUAGGGUGAGGGAUUUGGAGGAGAACAUGGGAAUGAAAGGGUAUGCUCUCCUCUCUCAAGCCCAAGCUUCUGCAGAUUCUCUCACUUCACUUGUCUGUGUGGAGGAACAGCUGCAGGGUGGCUACAGGUGGGACUACCUUUUGGACUGGGAGCCACGAUUCCACACUCUGGCCUCUGUCUUCAAUGAUAUUGGGAUGCUCCCUGAUGAGGAGCUCCAAGGCGGCAGUGAGGACUUAGCAGCAGAGUCAAGCUGUCUCAUGUACCCACCGCCACUUAUAACAGGGGUAGCUCAGCCUGGCAUCAGAACCGUACCUCCGCAAAAGCCAAGGCGUGUGUCAAGCUUAAGCAGGAAGCCCUCUUACCGGAAAUAUGUGUAUUCUCCCUUAACCAGGAACACAGGACUAACCCCUUCAGCCAUGACACCUAAUUUCUCUCCAUCACUGUCUUCUCUCACCAUGAGGACCCCCAGUGCCUCACCAGUUGUCUCUGAGACUGGGGUGGGGGGUAUCAGACUUGAUACAGCACCCCCUGCUGCCAGCCUUUUGGACACAGAAAUACAGGUGUAGACACGAAGCUUGACUGUUUAUCUGUGACAUUCAGGUCCAUCUGAAGUAUUUUUAAGAGACUAAUGCAAUACUGCACCGUUUGGUUUUGGUUUGGGGUGACUGACAUCAUUCUAACAUUUUUAUAGAACAUAACAUAUCAGACUUUCCAGACAAGAAAAAAUCCUGGGUUUCAAGAGUCUUGAGGCAGAAAUAUCAUCUAAUAUAAUAAAAAAUAAUUUAACUGCUUAGCUUGAGAUUGCUUUCGUAACUUGCUUCUGUGAUAAAGCUAAACUCUGAAAAAGCUUGAAUCCAGCCUUGCAUUAUAUUUUUAUAAUGCAUCACAUUGAAUUAAGAAUUGUUUGAUGUUUUAUUGUAAACAUUUAUAUGUGCAGAAAAUUAAACAAUUUUUAUUGCAGUUUGUCGCAGCUUCUAAAUGAACAGUUUUUAAAGUCAGUUUAAUUGUAAUAACCAAAGAAAGACAGCGUUGUACUGUAAAUACACCUUUCUGCUUGGAAUAAUAAGUGUUUUGUAUUCAGGCCCCUUUUCUCCACCACUUUAAUAUAGUUUUCCAAUAAAAUAGCAAUAAAAUAUCAUGACAAACAGAACCCGUUCCUUCAGUCUAGGACAGUUCUUAAUUUCAGACUCUUACCAUUCUGUUGUAGUAGUUCCAAUAUUUCUCCACCACUAUGAUUUGUUUUGUGCCAGCCAAUCUAACAACUGCUUUUCCUAAAUUUUACACUGCUUGGUUUGCCUUUAGAGAAAUCCCUAACUUUAUGUGCAGCCUCCUCAAAUCAGUUGGAGUAAUGGAAUCAACACAUCAGUUGUUCAGGGUUGUCUCAAAGCAACAUUUAAACCCUAUUAAUGAUCACAAACCUCUGCCUCUCUGGUUCCCAGCACAUCUUAGAUGUGUUGAGUAAUUCAAAUACAUAAGGAAUAGGGUGAAACAAAAUGGCAAGUCAUUAUAAUUAUCAAGCUACCCCUGUUCACCUGCAGACUCAAAUGUUUUUCAACAAACCAGUCUUGACGGAUCGUGAAAUCCUCUCAUAAGCUAGCAUUAGUGCACUUUCCCUGUAUUGUUUGUUGUGAGAGGAGGCUUUGGAGACUUUUUUUCCUUUUAUUCAGCAAUCUGAACAUUUAAGUAUUUUUUGUUUCUCCAAGAAAAUUAAAAUAGAAAGUGAUUCACCAUGGCUCCACUUGGUC